AUGAACAGCACCACAGAAAAGGCCCUCUCUGUGCCUCACCUGCAUUUUUCUUUUCUGGUGCCCACCACUGAUCGGAAGAACCUGCGGCAAUACGCACCUUUUUGCUCAAUCCCCGCCGGAGCCGCGCUGCUCCGCUUCAGAGGCGCCCCGUGCGCGCAGUUGGACGCAGCCGCUGCCUCCGCGACGGAGCCGGAUGGGGGGCCCGCGCGGGCGCGCAGUCUGCGCAGGGGCGCGGCUUUUCCGCGCGCAGGGGGCUGCUCCCGGCGCCUGGGGCUUUCCUGGGCAGCGCAAUCCUCACCUGGCUGCCAUCGCCGGCGCGGGCUGGGAGAGGAAGCUGACGCGGAGUGGCCUGCUGCGCCUAGGCGCAAGGGGUGGCUCCCGUCCCAGGGCUCAGGGGCGCGGAGGGGGCAUCGGAGCCCGCGGACCCGCCUCGACUCUCCGAUCCGAGGGCGCGGAGGCUCUGCUGCUGCUGCGCGCUGGCCCCAGAGAGCGCCGCCGGGCACCUGCCGGGGGCCCCCGCCGCCUCGCCCGCCUGCAAGAGGGCGGUGGCUGGCCGCGCCUGGGGGAUCCGGCCCGAGGAGGCGGCUGGCCGCGGCUGCGGGAGCAGGAGGGGAGCAGGCAGCGGCUGGCUGGCUCCGGCAGGCGGCCGCCGAGAUGCGCCUCCCACCCAGCCUCGCUCCGGCUUGGCAGGCGCACGACGAGCCGCGCUUGACAAAAGAGCACGCAUCGACAGCACGCGCAACUGACAUACACACGGCAUGGGAGAAGGAGGUCGAGGGAACACCACGCUUGCCACAGUUGUCGGCUGCAACAGCCCCAGAAAAUGCACAAAGAUACAGUGUCCAGACGCUGCGUCUGUUCAACGUGUGGCGGUGCGGGGAAUAUGUAUCAUCCUUAUCACAGCCAUCAGAAAGCAAGAAAUGGGGUUAGCAAGCAAGCAGUCUGAGUGGUUGAAGAGCAGAAGCCCAUCCACACGUUAUGUUCAACACUCGGGCAGCGAGUGUACAGUGUACGCAGGUACAGUCAUUCACGUGCUAUUCUGAAGGCAGGCACAGAAGUGCGCUUCCUAGCUGUGCCACGCCUUUGAUGGGCCUGGAUCCAGCCUUACUUUUAAAAGGGACGCAGGCGCAGUCAUUCACACAAACACGUGUCACACAAACACGUGUACAAGUGUACAGAUAUCUGUGCACAUCCUGCAAGUGAUGGGAGGAGGCGGCAGGCCCACCUUCCAUUUCCACCAGUGACUCCACCUGUUAGCCCCUGCUACCUGAGCAAAGAGGCACCUUUUUAAAGUGAUGAUUCUCUUAUAUUUAUCAGGGGGCGAGCAACUGGCCCUAUCCAACCCCAGCACAGCAUCCCUCCAGUGGCUGUUGCUGGUCUCCAUCUUAUGUUUCUUUUUCAAAUUGUGAGCCCUUUGGGGACAGGGAGCCAUAUUUAUCUCCUCGCUCCCUCCCCUCUUUCUCUCCCUCCCUCCCUCUCCCACCCCUGCUUUGGGAACUUUAGCUGAAAAUUGGUAUAAAAAUAUUCGUUGUAGUAAUCCUUGGGCAUAUUCUCCUGUUCAUAAGUGACUCUCGGUUAUCUUAUAAUAAACAAACCA